UAUAAAAAUUUAUAAUUAUAUCCAUCAAAAUGAUGAUGUUGAUGAUGUUUGUAGGUUUAGUGGUGAUGGUGAUGCAGAGUUCAAUAACUAGUGGUGAUCAAGCUUCAAUAGGAGCACAAGUUCCAGCCAUGUUUGUGUUUGGUGACUCUUUGGUUGAUGAUGGGAAUAACAACUACUUGGCUUCCAUUGCCAAAGCCAACUACUACCCUUAUGGCAUUGACUUCUUUCAAGGUCCUACAGGGAGGUUCAGCAAUGGCAAAACUGUCAUUGAUUUCCUAUGUGAACUUCUUGGGCUUCCAUACAUACCAGCAUACACAACCCCUGGUCUUAAUGGCACAAGAUUAAUAAAUGGAGUGAACUAUGCUUCAGCAGCUGCAGGAAUCCUUGAAGAGACUGGCCUAUAUCUUGGUGACAGGUUUAGUCUAGAUCAGCAAGUCCUCAACUUUGAGAACAACUUGAACGAUUUAAGACAAGUAAUCGGUGAUGCCGGAAACUUCACUCAAUACUUAGCGAGAUCCAUUGUAGUGAUGGUACUUGGUAGCAAUGACUACAUAAAUAACUACUUGUUGCCAUCUCUUUAUCAUUCAAGUUAUAUUUAUAACACUCAAGAGUAUGCCAACCUUCUGCUAAAUCACUACACUAGACAACUACUUGCUUUGCACAGUGUGGGGCUUCGGAAGUUCUUGCUUGCCGGAAUUGGCCCGCUCGGUUGCAUUCCGAACCAGAGAGCCACCGGAUAUGCUCCUCCGGACAGAUGUGUAUCUCAAGUGAAUGCAAUGGUUGGUUUGUUUAAUGUCGGACUUAGAAACCUUGUUCAGCAGUUGAACACAAACCAUCCCGGAGCUGUUUUUGUUUAUGGUAACACUUAUGGUGCUCUAGGUGAUCUGCUCAACAACCCCAGGAAUUAUGGAUUUUUGGUUGUGGAUCGAGCAUGUUGCGGAUUAGGAAGGGAUCGAGCGCAGAUCACAUGUGUGCCGAUAAGUACACCGUGCUCGAACCGGAGAGAGUAUGUUUUCUGGGAUGCAUUUCAUCCUACAGAAGCAGUGAAUAGGAUUUUGGCUGAGAGAGCUUUCAGAGGUUCUACUAAUGAUUGUUAUCCUGUCAAUGUUCAGCAGCUUGCUCAAAUAUAAGGACUCUUUCUCAGAAUGGUUAGAAGAUCUUUUAAUAAUUAAGUGCAUGAAUGUUAAUUUAGAUCUUCUUUGAAUAAAUAUGCAUGGUUUGAACUUUAAACUUAAUUUGUG